GAAAACAGCUAAAAAAAGGUUCUCUACGAGAGUCAAUCAUGGGGCCGCAAACAUCCAGUCUUAGGAUGAGGAUUAAAUUUAAUACACCCAAGUCACCAACCGUUCCACGCUUCCACGACCCUCCACCCCCUUCUCAACCACCAUUCUCCUUUCCCUUCCCACCUUCCAUUCUUCAAUCUCCCUCUCUAUUAAUACUCCUCCAUUCCGUCAACAGCUCUCCCCACCGGUUCUUCUUCCACUAACGAAUUGGGAAUUUCCCUCUGUGCUCUCUCUCAGUAAAAAAUGCCAGACUUUGAUCGCUCUUCCGAUGAUGAUACUUCUGUGGAUUCGAGAGAUGACGAAAGUCAAAAUUCUGAGCUUCAAUUUUCAGAAGAUGAGGAAACUCUUGUUGUCAGAAUGUUUAAACUGGUCGGUGAAAGAUGGUCUCUGAUUGCUGGGAGAAUCCCCGGAAGAACAGCCGCAGAAAUUGAGCUAUACUGGAAUUCAAGAAACUCAACCAGCGGAUGAAGCACUAGAAGACGAAAUUCGUUACCUUAAGAUUUGUAUAAUACAGACUUUAUGCUUUUUGAGCAAUUAGGAAAACUGGAUCAUCCAUCUACUAUGUGUGAAACUCAAAAGAGCGCAGCUUCAGGAGUUAGAGAUAUGAUUUGCAUAGAACCCAUAAUAGAGUGGCUAGUCCAAUUCAGAGCACAUGUUUGUCAACUUGAAACGACUAGCCUGGAACAAAACUUGGUGUUUUGGUGUGCUUUACGAAGUUGAAAACUAAUACGUGAAGUAAUUUUGUUUUUGUUUUUUUUUGUUUUUGGUUGCCUGGGAAGAAAAGUUGGUGUGUAAUUUCAGAAAUAUGAAAAGAUGUUCAGUC